AUGAAGUUUUCUCUCAUUUCUCUCGUUGCCUUGGCAAGCGUGUUGUCUCCUGACACUGCAUCUGCGCAACCUCUCGACAAAAGAGGAGGUAGCGUUGUCCUCACAGCCUACUACGAUAAUCAGAUCGUUAUAGGUGGUGGAGGCCCGGGACAGAGCACUGUCAACACAAUGCGGACCUGGUUCGAAAUCAGCGUUGAUGGUGAAAGGCCAAGGGAGAUUGCCGGCAAUAGUAUCUCUGGGAAAUGGCAGGUAAUCCAAUCUUCCAAGACCAAAACCCCUAUGAAUAUAAGCUAUAAGGCGAAUUUCAUGAUUGGCAGCUUUCGUGGUUGCACCGCCAGCUACAACGGCAGGGAGACUGCCGGCACCCCAAUGUCUGCAGGUGGUCACGCUGGCGGACAGGUCUCUGCUAAAUGCGUUAUGAAAUUUGGCCUUUGA